GCACACCCCGAGGUCCCACUGCCUUGCCAGGACCCAGGUUCUGGCCCCUUUCCCCCGGCCCCUGGCUUCCUCCGACCACUUCCCCACACCCCCACCCCGGGAUCCAGGUGCCAUCACCGCACCCCUUUCUAAUCUUCCCGGGACCCAGGCGUCCGGACCCUUCACCUCCAGGAUCCGGACCCCACGGCCCUCAUUCCUAAUCUUUCCAGGACCCAGGUGUCCGGGCCCCUCAGAGCUCCUGGCUCUGCCCCUGGGACCCAGGACUCCUAUCCUCCCGUCCCCCCGCCGAAAGGGAUGGCGACGGAGGGACCCCUAGAAGAAGACCUACGGGACCAUGAUCAGAGUGGACAGUCCAGCGAGCAGGCUUGGCCCCUGGGGAGCUCCGCCCGGCCCUGGAGGUCCGCCCCUCCCUCACCUCCUCCCUCCAGAGACCACCACCCAGCCUCCACCCCCCGCUCGGCCUCGCUCCUGUCCCUCCAGACGGAGAUCUUCCUGGACCUGGUGGCUGAGGCCCAGUCCAGGCGGCUGGAGGAGCAGAGGGCCGAAUUCGAGGGGGUGGUCUCAGCUCCGACCCGGGCCCGGCCCCCCGAGGAGAAGGAGCAGCUCUACAGCACCAUUCUGAGCCACCAGUGCCAGCGGAUGGAGACGCAGCGGUCGGAGCCCCCUCUGCCCCCCGGGGGCCACGAGCUGCUGGAGCUGCUGCUACGGGUGCAGGGGGGUGGCCGGAUGGAAGAACAGCGGUCCAGUAUGCCCGGAAACCGGCAAGCAACCCCCGCAUUUCUGCUGAGAGACCCCUACCACCCCCAGCACCCUCCAGCCGGCCCUAGGGGAGGUCCUGCCAACAGCCCCCCGAUCCAGCCCUGAGCGGGUUCUGCCGAGAGCCCCCCACUCGGGCCCGAGAGGAUGCUGAGAGCCCCCCACUCAACCUCGAGCAGGUCCUGCUGAGAGUCCCCCCCACCCAGGCCCGAGAGGGUCCUGAGAGCCCCUCACCCAGCCCCAAGCAGGUCCUGCUUAAAGCCCCCCUCACCAGCCCUAAGAGGGUCCUACUGAGAGCCCCCAGACGGCGGCCUGAGCAGGCCCAGGGAGGCCAGGAGAGAAGCCCACCUUGGGGAGAACUCAGCAACCCCUCUUACCAUGUCCCUUCCAUGCUACACCUGAGAGCUGCCCCCAGGACACCCCCAGGAGCCCAGGCUGGGCCGAGGCCUAACCGGACCCCUGCUCCCCACCACCCAUGGCCCCUCGGACUAAUAAUAAUGGCAUUUUUUAAGCGCUUACUAUGUGCCAAGCACUGUUCCAAGCGCUGACUACAGCCCUGGGGGUCGGGGGGGAGAAAGGAGGGGCAGAAACCCCGACCCUGACACCGGACAGCUCAUCGUGGUUCACGGGACCUGAUGGGUCUGUCAUCUUUCCAGCCCCACCGGGCCCCCGGCCUAACCCCAGGCCUGACCCUGGUGGGACGGAGGACUAAGAGGAACCCUUUCGGCCCCAAGGCCGGGGUGGGGGGCCCAGGCUUUCCUGGCCGCCCCCACCGUGGCCCAAUUUGGGUCCUUGUGC